UCAAAAUUUAUUUUCAACUGAAAUUUUGUUUUUCUAACAACUAACGCGGAUAGAAGAAUUUGUAAUUGAAAAAGUGUUUAAAUUGGAAAAAAUAGUGAUAAAAUCAUUAAAAAUUUUACAAAACGACACUUUAAAUAACAGAUAAAAGAAUAAGCGUAAUUAAAAACAAAAAAGUAUAAAAUUUAAGAUUUAUUUUAAUAAAAAUACAUAUAAGCAAUAAAAAAAGCGAAAAAAAAAGAAAAUGUCGCUGUACGAUGAUGAAAAACAAGCCAUGCAAUUGCUUACCCAAAAAUAUGUAGAUAAAUUAACCGGCAUUUGGGAACAAAUAUUUCAUCCUGACACAUGCCGCGAGAAUUUACGCAAACUAGUAGAUCAUGCCACCUAUUUCUAUGGCGAACUGGUGGAAGAGUCCUUGUCACGUAAAACUUUUAUAGAAAACGAAAUUAACGAUUUGAAAAAAGAAGCAGAAAAUUUAAAGCGUUUACUAAAGACCGAUGUACAACUGCCCAGCUAUGAAGGUAAUGAAGUGCCGUUAUUAAUAGUGCAAUCGGAAUUGGAUAAAAGUCUAGAGGAUCUGAGGGAACAAUUAAGAUUGCGUAAGGAACAAAUCUGUGAGUUGUUGUUGGAACAGGAGGCUUUAUGCGAGGAAAUAGGAGAACCGCCACGUGCUUUAUUAGCCGAUCCUUUGCCGACCGCAGAAGAAAUUGAAAAUUUCCGCAAACACUUGGAAUCAUUGAGGGAAGAAAAAGUAGAACGCAUGAAUAAGGUCUCUAGCAUGCGCAGAGAAAUUAAAAAUUUCUUACAGAUUUUGGAUUUAAAAGUAAGUACUGAACAUGAGGAUCGUUUGCUAAAUCAUAGACAAAUCAAAAUGAAUAAGGAAACAUUUGAGGGUUUGAAACGUAUGCAUGAUUUGUAUGGUGGUCAGGUUAAGGAAUUACGUGACACUAUACAGGGCAUGCGCAACAAAUUAGAUACUUUGUGGGAUCGUUUGAAAACUUCACCCAAUACCCGGCACAAGUUUAAUCGUUAUAAUGACUAUAAUCAACACACCUAUGAUGUAUUCUACACUGAGUUGCAGAGAUGCGAAACAUUGAAAAGUCAAAAUAUUAAACUAUUUGUGCAGCAAAUACGUGAUGAAAUAACAAAAUGGUGGGAAAAGACUCUUAAGUCGGAAGUACAAAAAAAUCGUUUUUCAAAUUUCACUUCUACCUGUUACACAGAUGAUUUAUUGGUUUUGCACGAAAUGGAAUUGGAGGAUUUGAAGUUGUACUAUGAGACUAACAAACAGAUAUUUGAGUUAUAUGCCGAUCGUAAUAUUUUGUGGGAUCGUAUGAAUGCUUUAGAAGCUAAAGCCUCAGAACCAGGCAGAUAUAACAAUCGUGGUGGCCAGUUGUUAAAAGAGGAAAAAGAGCGCAAAACUAUAGCCACCAAGUUGCCAAAAAUCGAGCAGCAAAUCUGUGAGCUGGUAAGGCAAUAUGAGGCCAGAGAACAUGCUCCGUUUUUGGUGUAUGGCGAGAAUAUAAUCGAUGUUAUGGCAGCGCAAUGGGAUCAAAAACGUCGUGAUAAAGAGCUAUUGCAGUCGGCUAGAAAAAAUGCCGGUAAACCGGCUACAAAUACAGCAUCUAAAACUAAUUCUACCAUGAGAACUCCUUUGGGCAUGAAAAAUGCUUCUUCGGUAAGUUCUUUAAGAAAAACUCCCUCCACUACUUCAUUGGCUUCCAACACAGCGGCUGCUUCUUCACAAAAACGAAAACUUAAUCCCACAGAACGACAAACACCUAUAGCUAAACGCUCCCUUAUGCAGGCCUUAAAUAGUCCCAGUGUUUUUCUCAAACCCUCUACCAGUAAAAAUAAUAUACAACAUUCCACCAAUAGCAGCUCAGUGCAUUCAAGUAGUAAAUCUACUAAACUCAACAAAUCAGGUACAAGUUUUAAAUCACCUAUGAAAAAAACCAAACUAAUAGCCACCACUAUACGUCGGCGCAGUGGCAGACUAAGUGGUCACAAUAUGAAAAAAAGACGUUCCAUGAAUAAAACUCCCUCUGCGGCCAAGACAAUACCGAAAAUUGUUGUUAACAAUUGCCCCUCGGAUGGUUAUAGCACCGAUUACAAUGCCGACGAUACUUAUGACUCAUUUCAGAAAUACAUCGAACCAGCCUCACGUUCAUCGAUCAUACAAAAUGUCAGCCUUAGCAGUGAUUCUUCGCGCACAAAACGUAUGCAGAAAAUAGUAGAUGAUGAAAAUACUCGUUUAGCUAAACUACCCCGGCCCCGAGUGACAAAUCGUACUCCCUCCAAACAACAUGCUAGCUUUUCGAAUCUAACCCGCACACCCACCCAUAAUAAUCAUCAUUCACCGGCUUCUUGCGCUACGACUGGACGUAAAUUGACUACGAAAAACUUGCCCAUUAUUAUUUAAGUAUUAUUUGAUUAUUUAGUUCUUUUGUGUAUUGUUUUAUGAUUUUAUUUUUUAUUGGUGUUAGGUUUAAUUUGUAAUUUUGUUUGUGCUGCUUAUUUUAACUGGAGUUUAAAGAGGAAAACUUGGUUCGUUUAAUUAUACAAAAAGAUCUCUGAAAAUUUUUACAAAAAUUAACUUGAAAUUUGUUCAAAAUUUGUUGCAAAUCUUAAAA